UCAUUUUUUACCCAAAUGUUAUUUUUAUUGCUCCAGCUAUGGAGGACAGUGCUACUGACACCAUUUAAGCUCAUCACUGUGUUUUUGCAUGAGGCAAGUCAUGCAAUAGCUUGUAAGCUGACAUGUGGUCAGGUGGAGGGGAUCCAGGUUCAUGCCAAUGAAGGUGGGGUGACACAAACACGUGGUGGCGUCUAUUGGUUGAUCUUGCCUGCGGGAUAUCUUGGUUCAUCAUUCUGGGGAUUAGCUUUGAUACUUGCAUCCACGGAUCUCGUCGCUGCCAGAGUUGCUGCUGGAUGUCUUGUUCUUGCUCUAUUUAUUGUUCUGUGUAUUGCUAAAAAUUGGACACUUCGAGGACUUUGUAUUGGAUUCAUUAUAUUUCUUGCUAUAGUUUGGGUUCUGCAAGAAACCACUACAGUCCGAAUUCUCCUAUAUGUCAUUCUCUUCAUUGGUGUUAUGAACAGUUUGUUCUCCGUUUAUGAUAUCUAUGAUGAUUUGAUAUCUCGAAGAGUCAACUCUAGUGACGCUGAGAAGUUCGCUGAGAUAUGCCCUUGUUGUACUGGUGUUGGCUGGGGAGUAAUUUGGGGAAUGAUAUCGUUUUCAUGUCUCUGUGGAUCUGUGUACCUUGGACUUGUUAUCUUAUCUUGAGGUUCGGAGAUGGUUGUUCAUAUUCUUGUUGAUGCCAACAAAAGCAGCAGCAGUCUUCAGCUUCCACUGUGGGGAAGUAUUGUGCCUUUGUUCGACUGAUACUAGAAAUUAGAAUACAGUAUCAUUCACAUCUUCAUUCUUUUGACCCUUUUUGGUUGAAUUUAAAUUUGUCUAUAGGAUCUGCAUGUAUAGAAAAAGCUACCCGGCCCAAUGUACUCUGAUCUCAAUUCAGACGUACGUCAAUUCAUAUAAAAUCUAGCUGAUUUAUUUGAAUGAAUGUUCCAUUUGCUGAUGUAUUCGAUUCUACUUUGAAUUAAAAGCCGUAGUUCAGUCGUUUAAUAUCUCA